GGUAAAGUUUGGUCAGCAGAAUGUUCACUUGUAUCAAGUUUUAACCGAGCGGUUUAAUUUGUUACUCUGCCUGUUGUUGUAUUGUGUAGGUACAGUGCAUCUGCCUUUAUUACUACGGACAGACAGCUAGUCAGUUAGCCAGAGUUUGUGUUGUCAACUCCAGUGCUGGCUAUCACUAGCAGUUUCCGCUAACGUAAUUUGCCGUGUCUCAUUUUAUUUGGCAGUAAGUCAAAUGCUAGGUACCUCUGGAUGCAGAAGCCUUUGUCCAACACAGUCUGACCUGCAGACAUGAUGGAGAGUUUGAAAACCCAGUUUGAUUUUCCCAGCCCUGUCGUACAAUCCCAGGCAGUGAGAAGUCUUGUUGCUGCUGUGCUAAAGGAGAAAGGGCAAAAUGAGAAAAUUAUCCAGUCCUCUCCUCAGGGCCCAGCUCUGGAUGCCCUGUGGCAGCAGUGCUGCAGUGACUGUGCGCUGGUGCGUUCCACCUGCUGUGAGGCUGUGGUACUGCUGGUGGAUCAGGGCCACGCAGACCUGCACUACAUCCUCAACAGUGUCCUCAACCUCCUGCCCUCUGCCAGAAACGUCCAGGGGCUGAUAAAGAUAAUUGGACGGAUACUACAGAUGCAGGCAGACCAGAGAGACAGAGAAGUACACUUCACCUGUCCUUACUCCAUCAGGAGCAGCCCUCACCCGUACAUCACAGCCCUGGAGAACCGAGUGGACUGCUGGCCAGCUCUGCUGUUGGAGAUUGGUGACUUCAUUCAGCAGGCUGCUGACAGAGAUGAAGCAGCCUAUAUCACCAUGCUGGCACCCUUCCUGCGUUACCUGUAUUGUGAACCUCAGAGGCAACCCCAGUACGCUCUCCUCCGACACAGUCUCCUCAGGGUACUGCUGCCCGUACAUCCAGGAACCAGAUCGGUCCUCCAGAAAAAGGACCAGCAGGAGACCACCACAGUGUCGGACAGUCUGCUUCACUGCCUCUGCCAGCUUGUUCCACACAUGCAGCUGGACAGCGUGGAGGCAGUGUUGGAGCUGUGUGCUUUUGCCGACCUUCUUCUUCAGAGUCUCCUCCAGGCUUCUGCGGAGCGCUGGAGGAUUGAGAGAGCCAGGCUGCUCCUGCAGCUGCUUUGUGCCUGUCAGCGCUGUCUCAGGUUAAAUGGAGACUGCCGACCCCUUCUCAACUUAAUACAGCAGCUCGCCCCUGCCUGCCAGCAGGAGCUGCCAGUCGAUGAGCUGAUGAUGGGUGUGGCAUUGCUCCUGCUAGAGGCCCCUGCAGCUCAGCAGACCAGCCUGCUCAGUCUGGCGCUGAGUUUGGCUCCUGAGCAGGCUGAGCUGUCACCCUGGUUGAGUCCAAUCCUGCUUCUUCCUGUGCUGCAGCUCCUGUCCUGUUCGGGUCUUAGUGAACCGCUGGCUGACCGGAGGACAUACAUCGCCAACCAAGAUUUGACCCACAGCCUGCUCCGCAGCAUCAGCAGCCAGAGAGAUAAACCCCGAGAGUCUGCUCCAGUUUUGGCACUUCCUCUCAGCUCCUGGUACAGCGAGCUCAGCGUGGCUCUGUCCACACUGCGUAAAGUGGCAGAUAAUCCAGCGGCGGCAGCUGAUUGGCUGCUGUCGGUCCCCUCAGCCCUGUCAUCCAGCCAGCGCCUGCCGGGCUCGCUCGCCCUCAUUGUGACUCAUCUCAUCAUCACGGGACAGAAGGACGUCUGCCAGCUGGCUUUGAAUGCAAGCCAGGCCAUUGCUGCAGCUGAUCCCUGCCAGGUCCCUUCACUCAUCCCUGUCCUGUUGUUCAAACUGGGGAAGGAAAAGAAUCCAGAUCUGGCUCAUGCUGUGCUCAACUGCCUGCCAAACCUGGGGACUCAUAAGUUCUGUGUCCCCAUGGUGCUGCAGACUCUCCACAUGCUGGCCAGUGCCCCCAAGCUGAGAGCUGUGGCAAUGCGCCUCAUGACUGCUCUCUGGAAGAGACAGGACCGAGUGUACCCAGAGCUCCAGCGUCUGCUGGGUCAGCAGGACAGCAGGGUGGUGGUGGGGAGGGACGACCAGUGGGAGCAGAUGCUAGCCAGAGCUGCCUGCCUCAGGGACAUCUGCAGAGAGAGACCUUACCAGCAUGGAGGUGACAUGCUGGCUGCCAUUACACUUAUUCUGAAUCAGUGUACUACACCAGACACGGCAACCCCCGCUGCUCUCGCCCUGCAAGGACUCCAGGAGCUGUGCCGAGCAGAGGUAGUAGACAUCAUCUCAACAUGGAGGAGUCUUGGGCCUAAGCUCAGCUGCGACUCCCGUCCAGUGAUGGUCAAAGCCAUAGCUGAGCUGCUGGCUCUGGUUCCCCAGCUCACUGUCAAGUCAGAGCAGUAUGAGAAACUGAAAGAAGAGGUGGUCGGUCUUCUCUGGAAUUAUGCUGUGUGUAAGGAGCCAGAGGUGGCCAGCUGUGGCUAUAAGGCUUUGGCAGACUUUCCUGAAGUGGUCCACACAAUAACUUUCCUUCCUGAGGCUGCGAGGCCAGCUACAAAGCUCCCUGAAGGUGAGGAAGAUGAACAGGGUGAAGAGGAAGAGGAAGAGGAGAAGGAUCUCUCCAUCCCAGGUUCAUCUUACAUGAAGCUGAUGGCUCUCACCCCCAUAUCUGUCCUACCCUCAUUCGAGCUCUUCUUGAAGUCACUGGUGAAGCAGGAGAUGAGCCAGAUGCCACGGGGGGUAUACUUCUCUGCCCUAAGGGGAGCUAACCUGCGAUCCGAUCAGGGUAAAACAGUGGCAGGAAUCCCAUCAUUUAUGCUGAAAGCCUACGAGAAAAACAAGCAGCCUGGGCUGAAGCCUGGACUAGCAGUCGGACUGCUGCUGUCUUAUGAGCUGCCUGUGCAGACGGACCGUGAUGGGAAACCAAUCGAUCGCUUCCUCAUCAGUCGCAGCCGCAGCUACCAGCAGACCUUGACAGCCCUCAUUCAUGAGGUGAACAUUCAGCCAUCUGAAUGGCACAGAGCACUACUCUUACCCCAAGCCUGGAGGGGUUUCAUGAGCCGAGCCUUCCAUGCAGUGUUACAGGGUCGACAUGCUGAUUUGGAACUGCAGCUGAAACAAGGCAAAGAAAACCCGGAGGAGCUGCAGUACAGGCUGCACUGUGCCUGGCUGUGGGCCAGAGAUCAGCUGGCAGACGUCAUCAAAGCUGCUACCAAGGACAGUCCUGUUGUACAGGGAAACUCCAUCCUGGCUCUGAGCGGCCUGGCCGCUGUCCUUACUAAGUAUGAGAGCGGCCUGCCCACUGACAGUAACAGCAGCCUCAGGGCUGGACCAGAAUUUGUGCCCUCGGCCAGCUGGUUGGCCAUGAUACUCGACACCCUGCUCAGUAUCAUCAGCAGCAGCUACAAGGCCAGAGGACAGGUUUUUCCGUGGUUCCUGCAUCGUUCCUACUCAGGGGAGAACACAGCAAGUGCCAUAGCUCGCUCCUGUGCCAGUCUGGCAUUGUCCCUACUGGUCCCAGUGCUGGUGGUGUGGCAGAGGGACGGUCUGGUUCAGGUCCUGUCAGUGCUGCAGGCCGGCCUCCCAGGUGCACCCACCGCUGAUGACUCCCAGGCUGUCCAGUUCCACUCUGGCCUCGCACUGGGCAUGGUGCUGUCCAGUCUGUAUCACCAAGGCCUCAGUGAUGUCUCUGUCCAAAAGGAGACAGAUCUCCUACUCAACUCUCUGCACACUCUGGAAAGUUGCUCCUUCAACCCCAACCUAGAAUACAAUACCGGCUGUAUGUUGGGUCUGGGUCUGGUGUUGGUGGCUCUGUGCGGUAGUGGAUCGACAGACCAGCACGCCCAUGUCACCCAGACACUAGAUAAACUACUGUCCAACCUGCAGGACAGCAGUGGGGUGGGACGCAUGCAGCAGGAGGUCUUGGCAUACUCUGUGGCGUGUGUCGGCGUCUCAGCGUUCACUGGAGGUCUGAUCGAUGCUGCCAAGGCUGAGGAGGUCAUGAACACUCUGCGCAGCCUGACUGAAGAAAGCCAGCAGACCCCAGGCUUCUCCUUGGCUCUAGGGUUGGCGGUCCACGGAUUGUCAGUGUCUGGUCAUGGUAAAGCAGAGGACAUCCACCCUCGUCUGCUGGCUGCUUGGGUCAAGAUCUUACUGGCUGAGGGUUGUCCCACUAUGCAGCGACUGGCUGCUGUCAGCGGCCUGGUGGCCUUAGUGGGAUCUGAGAGUUACCUCAUUCAGCUUAAAAGUGAGCUGGAGCUUUCCGUCCAGCAGCAGAGCAGGCUCAAUGAGGUUAUUCGAGCCAUCACACAGAUCAUCAAGUUCUCCGGAGCCAUUGGUUUGCAGUCCAACUGUACCUGUUUGGUGGGUCACUUGCAUUUGGCCCACAUGUCCACCAGUCACAGCCACACAGCAGUUCCUCAGGAUUUCAGUUACCUCUCAGAGAAAAGUGUCAUCAGAGCCAUCGCUGACUUCAUCACAGAGGCUGGAAAGAAAGGUCCAGAGUUCUCUCAUCCAGCUCUGGUUAAGACCACUCUGACCCCCCUGGCAUCAGUUGGGGCCAGUUUUCAGUACCCACCCAUCAACUGGAACGCCAUUCUGUCUCCUGUGAUGAGGCUCGGCUUUGGAGAGGAUGUGCAGCAUCAGUGUGUGGUGUUGGCAGCAUGUCAAGCUCAGUCUUCCCAGAGUGCAUCUCUCUUUCUGGGCUCCUGGCUUUCACCACCCCUUGUGUACAGUCUCAGUUACCCGACCCGGGCCUACCUGUAUGAGACCCUGGGUUUAUGGAUGAAGCAUGUUGCUGAGGAUAAGCUGCAGGUCUACAUGGAGAGUCUUGGCCUGCAGCAGUUCCAGGAGGACCUUCGACCCCAGCGUCUGUCCCUGUGCCGCUCCCUGCUGCAGGGCCUCGCUCAGGCCAUGGCCCUCCCAAACCCCCCAAACAACUGCUGGACCAUCCUCUGCACUGCCAGUGAGAAGAUCUUCAAUCUCCUGCCCAACGAAAUUCAGGAUGGUGAAGUGGAUUUGUAUGUGGGAAUCACCAAAUGUCUGUCUGAGAUGUCUGAUACCGAGAUUGAGCGAAUCACUCGAGUCACAGAGACCCAGAUGGAGAAGACCUGCUUCGUCCUGGCUUACCUCACCUCUCAGGGCAGAGUUCCCCUCCUGGGUCUCAAUGAUGUCAUCGCUGGUGUACUUCGUGGUUGGCCGAGACGCAGAGUAGGCUGGCUCCUACUACAGAGUUUCUAUCAGUGUCGCCUGGCUGCCAGUUCAACCACAGGCGUCUCCAAAAGAAUGGAGUGGCUCCUGGAGCUGAUGGGCCACAUCCGAAAUGUUGCCUACGGUGCCACUUCCGUGACUUCUGGAGACACCAAACAGUGCACAGACUUCCUGUUCCAGAUCUUUGCUGCUGUUGUAGUUUCCUGGGGGGACCACUCCAUGCCCCUCCUACUUGGCAUCAGGGCCCAGCUGUUCCCAUGGCAAUAUGGAUCCAAGCCCCCAGCCUUAACACAUAGUCUAUACGGUGUGGAGUCACUCACUGACCACGCCCUGCCCCAGUGCCUGCUGGGAUUGUCCCACAGCCUGGCUCUGCUUCUGGACAAAGAGCCCUGGAGCAGCCAGACACACAAGUUCAUAGACUGGCUUCUCAGCAUCGCAGAAGUUCCUGAGAAGAAUGUGUCAGCCAAGACCAUUAGCGCAGCCAAAGCCGCCCUGUUGGUCUUAAAGUCUUCUGCUGAGUUCAAGAAGAAAGCUGUGUGGACCAGAGCUUAUGGCUGGUAGUCUAGAGGAGCCACAACCUGUUGUUACCAUGGUGACACGUACAGGAUGUCUGCAGAAAAACAGAAGCUUUAACACACAAGUGGCAUCAUUCCUGUCUGAGCUAGCUGGACAUGGAGCACAGACUUGUAGCAUUUAUGAGCAUAAAUAGAAACUACACUGCCACUGUAGCUCUGCUUCAAUGAUGUGACACUGAUGUCAAGAGGAAUGUGUGCUGUCAGACGAUAUUUUCAUUAAAAGAGUAACGGAAACUAUUUAAUAGUGUGGUGGUAAAUUUGAGUUUGUGGCCUCUCAGUUCAAGAUUAUUUCUUAGAUAUAUUUUUAACAAAGCAUACGCCAUCCAUCCAUGAGCUAUGCUGCUUAUCUUGAACAGGGUCUCGGUGGGGGGUUGCAGCCAAUCCCAGCUGAUAUUGAGUGAGAGGUGGAGUACACCAGUCUAUCACAGAUGAAGAAAACAC